UUGGAGAUGCUGUUUGCGUCACAAGCAAGUUUAGCACAAGAUACAGUAGAUGAAACCGUCUCUAGGAUCAGAGACACGGUUGAAAAAAUGGAGGAAGACAUUCGAAAGAAGGGGAUGCUGUAUUUACAACAGCAGCGGUUCGGGAAGAAAUGGCGAAAGGUCUGGUCUGUGUUGUAUCGAGAAAGCUCCUGCUCUAUCUCUCGCCUUGAGUUUUUCGAGAUUAAAGAUGGAACCCCUAACACGCUGGAGAAAGCAAACCGCAAACAUGAAAACAAAAAGGUGAUAAAAAUGAGCGACUGUAUUCGUGUUUCGGAGGCUGACGUGGAAGGCUGUCCACGGGAUUGUGGGCCUUUUUUGGUGGAGACAACUGAAAAAACAUUUGUGUUUGCUGUUGAGACAGCUGAACUGGAUGACUGGAUUCAAAAACUGUGUGAAAUCGCCUUUCCGAUGAACUGGCCAGAGAAAGGUACGAUGAGAGGAAACAGUUUACAUAGUGAACCUGAUGAUGCCACGAUGGCAGACAACACAUUGUACUGCAGCAGAGAAACAACAAUGAAAGACUUUAAGGUGACAGUGAGGCGAUCGGAGGCUUCUGAGAGAUGCAGUCUGAAGGGAGUAGUACUUUUACGGACUGAUACUGAUAGCCUUCUUCUCAAAGACCCGAAGACAGGAGAGGUCCUGUACUCCUGGCCCUACCGUUUCCUCCGCAGGUUCGGACGAGACAAGGCAACAUUCUCCUUUGAGGCCGGGCGAAGAUGCGACUCCGGGGAAGGCAGCUUUGAGUUUGACACAAAGCAAGGCAACGCCAUCUUCCAAUCCGUAGAAGCUGCUAUCAAUCUACACAGAGUCAACAUACCAGCAAAGCAGAUGUCAAAUUCAGAUCGAGAUCUCAUGCCCUCUCCACCUCGAAUGAGAGCCCCGGUGGAGAACAUAGGUAUCUAUAGUAUGGUGAGUGACACAUCGAUCAGAGAUGGGGCCAAACCUCCACAAAACCCUCAACUCUCCAGACUGGACGCCCCAACAGAGAAGCUUCUCACCGGAGUCAAGAGUCUAAACUUGGACACCAGGCCACCGCCGCGAAAGAGUCAAGUCAAGAACUUCCGCAGCUGUCCCUUGGCCAACACCGAGGACGAGAUGUAUUCCCGGGCAAUGGCCCCAGAUCCGGAAAGAGGAAGUCCAAAGGAGAAGAGAGAACUGAAGGAUAGACGUUCCACGUGCUCCAACCCAGAGGAAUCGGACUAUUCGCUGCCCUUCGAUACCAUUGCCAAGAAUGUAAUGGUAGAUAUUUUUGCCACAACAAACUUUCCACCAAACGCAGGGGAAUCCAAUUGUGAAAAUAACAAGAAAGGCACUGCAGAGAACACUGAACCACUUUACGACAUCAUAGAUGAGUCUGCUAUUAGAAGCCGUUUCGCAAAUAAACAAACGCAUUCAUACAAAAGAGUUGAGCACAUCUAUGAUGAACCGGAGGGUUGUGGUGUUGCCCCAAAUGCACCUCCAUCACUCUAUGAUGAACCAGAGGAGGUUAAAGGUCAUGCUUGGAAGAUGCUGGGCACAGUAAUGGAUCCGAGUGGCCAUGAGUACCCGUAUAAUGCUUCUGUUGAUGACUACGCUGUUCCUAAACCUCCACGGAGGGCCUUGCUGGCAAAACAAAUGGAGGGUGAGGAAGAGGACUGCUCACCAUAUGAUAACAUCAUGGUAAAAGUAAUGCAAAAGAAUAACUAAAGACUGCUUCAGAAUCUUUUAUAAGAAAACCAUAGUGAUUUGGAAUGCUGUGAGGACAAUGAAGUGAAGUACAAGUGUGCAAAUGAAUGAGUAUAUUUAAACAAUUAACAUGCAGAUAGUGCUUUACUCUUCUCCAAAAAGCUGUGAUCUGCAACACCUAUCAUUUAUGGAGAAAAGAUUCAUUGCAACAUUGUCUAUGUUGCAGAUUCACUAAAUACUUUUUGCCUGCUGUGUUGUAAGAUAAAAAGCCUACAUCUUAUGCACAGCAAACUAGUUUAAACAAUGUGAUAAAAUUAAAUUAACAGUGCAUUAUA